CAGAACGCGCAGAAGAAACAGAAUGUGACGUGAGCUCAGCGCGACACCGCGCGUUGUGUGAUUGUGCUGAAGGGCAGAGAGUGUGGAUUUUUGUAAAUGUGUUGAGUGAAUGAAUCUAAAGUUUGCGGUGAGUGAUUGCAUGUGCUUCUGUCUGGUAGAGACAUCUCAGCGCUAAACUAGUGAUCGAUGAUGUUCUUGACGAAGCAUGUUUGAUACGGUUUAAUCUGUGGUGCAGGGACAGUGAUUUAUUUAUUAGUUAUUAUCGCGUUUAUUUUCUGCGGUCUUGCAUUGUGAGUUUGUUCAGAUUGAGGAUGAGCGUCAGUCUGUUGUCAUGCGCACUGCGCUCUCUAUCUCUGUCGGGCGCGCGGACUGUCUCAUCUCAGAUCGCGAGUCUUUCCGGUGUUUCCGCGGAUCUGACCGGAUGUCGCGGCUUCAUGACGAGCGCGUGUCAGUUGCAGAACCGGAGCCUGUGGAAACAGAGAGAGAAAUACACCGUGCGACCGAUCGGCAUGAAGAAGACCGGAGGACGAGAUUACACAGGUAGGAUCGUCACACACGGCAUCGGCGGAGGCCACAAGCAGCGCUACCGGAUGAUCGACUUCCAGCGGCUGCGUUACGAACCCGGCCGAGAGGGCCAGCCCAUCGUGGAGAAGGUGGUGGAAGUGAGAUACGACCCCUGCAGAUCGGCCGACAUCGCUCUGGUCGCUGGUGGAAGCCGCAAGCGCUGGAUCAUCGCCACUGAGAACAUGGAGGCCGGAGAUCUGAUAAAGACAUCCAGUGCCAUCGGACGCAUGGCCGUUCUGGCCAAAGAGGGAGACUCCCAUCCUCUCGGCGCUCUUCCCGUCGGCACGCUCAUCAAUAAUCUGGAGCUGUACCCUGGGAAGGGAGCUCAGUACAUCCGCGCCGCAGGCACAUGUGGAGUGUUGCUGCGGAAAGUCAACGGCACAGCCAUCGUUCAGCUGCCGUCCAAACAUCAGAUUCAGGUGUUGGAGACGUGUGUGGCUACGGUUGGCAGAGUAUCGAACAUCGACCACAACAAGCGCAUCAUUGGGAAGGCGGGCCGUAACCGCUGGCUCGGCAUCCGACCCUCGAGCGGCCUCUGGCAGAGGAAGGGUGGCUGGGCGGGUCGCAAGAUCAGACCGCUGCCGCCCAUGAAGAGCUUCGUCAAUCCGCCCUCUGCGGCCGCCAAAACAUGACAAGUCUGGACUCUAAUAUAAUGACCAGAGACGGCAACACAAUAAAACUAACCAUCCGCACAACA